AUGAAUUGGUACUGGGUUGCGGCGGCAGGCAUGCUGCUAAGCCUGUCGGUGGGGGUUACGGCCGUCGUACUUCAAAGGUUCUACUUCCGGUACGCCGUGAUCGACAUCAUGGCCAUCAUUGGAUUUAUGAUCUUCACAUCGACGUUAGUGUCGCUCAUCCUCACCCGACUCGGCUUCGCCUUCAAACGGUUACUAGCUCGAUCACAGUGGGCGGACAUGCUCGGCAUCAUCACCUUCCGGAACAGUGCCUUAAUGUCGCAGCGGCCCUCAGGCUGUUUUCCAUGUCAGCCAUCGCCCACGCAACCAGCCUUCUGUCCCGACAAUUCAGGGGACAUGCUGACGAUAUUCGAGGACUACUCUCAGUACCCUCCGCAACCACGUCGACUUUUCGACACGCAUCGCCUAUCACCGACGACAUCGCCCGAAGGAGGCCUUAUACCCGACGUUGUGCCUCGAGUCUGUCUGCCGGAUUCAGAGGAAGCACUGCUGUACGUGGUGCGUUCGAACGGCACCUUCGUGCACCUCGAUCACAUCGUUACGCCGAAUAAUUGUUGUAGUCGGGGAGUUCAGGACGAUCUGCCUCCGCCGUACCACACCGUGCUAGCCACAACGUUCGAUCAAGAGGAACCGCCCCCGCCCUACGGCGAGGAAAUGAUUCCCACCGAGAUCGUCGUGCCGGACCACAAGCGCAAGAGACAGGAUCCGAAGCGGACGCAACUAACCGACAACUCUACGCUUGCUACGAACUCGGAGAAACCUCCCGAAGAGGUCGCGAGCGAGGACGACGGCGACGAUCAGCAAAGUCAGCAGAUUCUCGGCUUCAUCAUCCGUUUGAGGCCAGCUAUGGAGAUGAGACAUUCUCGGCUUGACCAAGCCGGUCGGAACAUCGAACAGGAUCAACCCCACGGAGGUCUGAUCCUGGCAGUAAGGAACAAACUAGCUCCAUGA